AUGUUCAAGUACAUUGGUACAUUGCAGUGUGUCCACAACAUUCUACAGGAGUUCUCAUUGACCUGGCAGGCCAUCGGGACAUACAAAUUGUCCGACUUGCUGCAAAUCACGCACGAGGGGCGCCAGACAGAUUGGGGAUUUGGCGCAUCAGCAGCCAUCAAAGCGUUGCGUUGGUUACAGAAAACUUUACAAAUUCCGGCUUGGAGUACUUUGCAUGGACCAGUUGUCAAUUCAUUUUUGAAUCCAAAAAUUCAUGAACGUAAGGAAGCCAUUCCUUUGAGCCUAUUCAUCGUCACACAGUGGGAACGACGAUUACUGAUGAAGGACUGUCCUUUACAGGAUCAGGUCGUUCUGGGUGGCUUCCUUUGUAUGCUGUGGGCAGGCCUGAGAUUCUCAGAUGGACAGCGCAUCAACUUGCAAUCAUUAUCAUGGUGCAUCACGGCACUGCGUGGCUCAUGCUUUCAGACUAAAACAACUAAAUCCGGCCAACCUUGGGCCCUGCAGGCGAGGGGUUUCCUGUCUCGAGGCGAUUGGUCAUGGACAGCUCAGUGGUUGGUGGCGCUGGAUACCAUUUGGGGACCUAUGCACAACGCUCAGACUGCCGGUGAUUUUUUGCUUCCCAUGACAUUGGACACUGGAUUUGUGCAGCCUAUGAUUCCCAUGAGUUACUCUCAAGCAUUGAAGUGGAUGCGAUUUAUGUGCACACUGCCCUGGAAACUUUCAGACACACCACUGUCUGCCAAUCCAAAUGAUUACACGUUGCAUUCAUUGAAGACCACUACUUUGUCUUGGUCCAAUCAGUUGGCCCAGCAGGGCCUCGUGACGGAGGAGCAGCGACACCUCCAAGGCCACCAUCGACGUGGCAGCAUGCGCCUCUACAGCCGGGAUGACACCGCCGGCCAGCUGGCACUGCAGGACACCCUCAUCACCCAAGUGCAAUCUGGAUAUCGAUUUGUGACACCGUUGCAUCGUAGAUCACAGCAACCGAUCCGUGAACCCCCAGUCAAAUUAGAAAGCUUUGCCAAGUCAUACCAAGAGCACCGAUGGACAUUUUUUCCAUUCAACAAUGCUGUCAAAGACCCUCUGUUGAAAGGUCAGCCAACGGCACUUGCCACCAUUGACUCAGGGGAUGAGAUCACGGUGGAAAGCAUCGAACUUAACCUCCAUGCAGAUGUGGCUCCAGGCUCCAACAUCGAUUCACUCAAGGCGAACACAGUUUCGAAAUUGAAGAAACAAUUUUUGGAAGACUAUCCAUCAGAGGUCCUUAGCCCAGACACGAUGCCCAGUUCUCGCUUGCUUUCAAUGGCGUUUCAGCAUCAUAGCAAACGUGAGUAUCCAUGGAUCCCUUGGCGUUAUCGAAUGUCACAAUCCAAAAUGGAUGAUAUGGUGAUUUACCAUAAGCCCAAAGUCCCCCGCAUUGAGGGUCUUCAAUUACACCAGUUGUUGCUGGACGAACCUCCGGCCUUGGACAUCAACAACACUGGGAUGGGCGUGAACGCAAUCCGCAACAUGAUGGAUAUUCACAACACUGCGAUGGCAUUAGUGGGAGCAUGUCAUCUCCAACGAUUGCGGGCAUACUCAUUACGCUUCAUGAGCUUCUUGACCCAGCGUUUGGACGGAGAUUCUGGACUCCGGACGCCGAACGUACUGGAGGCACAGGCAGCAGACAAACAACUAUGGAAUCUGAUUCACGAAUUGGUGUUGGAUCAAGGAUUUACAUUGGACAACGCCUUACAUGAGGUGACUCACCUGAGGGCGGACAUGGCCUCCCUUUUGCAGCCAAGAGCCAAGGUCACCUCACGACCUAUGGGUUCAACCUCAUCUUCGGCCUCGACCACUACAGCCCCCAAGGGCAAGAGUAAGGGAAAAGGCAAAUCCAAAUCCAUUGGCAAGAACACCAGAGGCGAAGCUCAAGGACGACCAACUUGGGUGACAGAAGCAACGAUUCAGGGCAAGAAGCAGCAGCUCUGUAUGCAAUUCCAAUCUGGUCGCUGUCAGAAGGGUGAUCUCUGCAAGUUUGGCCACUUCUGUGCCUAUCCGCUUGCUUCUGGACAAGCUUGCGGCCAAGCCCAUAGCGCAUUUGCUCAUCAACAACAACCCCACUGA